AUGAAAAUAAUAAAUAGAUUGGUAUUAUUAUUUUCAAUAUUUGUAUUAUCUGCAAAUUUAACAGAAUCAAGAAAUGUUAUUUCAAUAAGUGGGUUUAAACCUGUCAUUACCUCUUCAAAUGGUAUUAAAACGAUUGCCACAUACUCAAAUGUUACUAUUCCAUCAACGGCCGAUGAUGCUUGUAGUUAUUGUUCCGCCAAUGUAACAAGCUAUUAUUGCCCAGAUUCACAAUUAUGUAUUACCAAUGUUACAUCUUUAGAAGAUUGGCCUUCAUGUUCCUCUGGUUGGUGUAAUUCAGAUAGUUGUCAAUGCGAAGCUAAAUGUUUAAACUCAAUUUGGCCAUGUACAAAUAAUAUUGUAGGUAUGCUAUUUUUAAUGGCUGUAUAUGGUUCAAUUUUAGCUUUAGGUGCUAAAUUCAUUUCAGAUGGUUCCGAAGGUCUUUUAGAAAUUUUAGAUCCAGGUCUUAUUGGUGGUUUAGUUUUACCAAUUUUAUCAGCAGCCCCUGAUGCAAUUAUCAUUUUAGUAUCUGGUGCUUUUAGUUCAAAUCCUCAAGCACAACUUGCAAUUGGUAUUGGUACAUUAGCUGGUUCAACUAUUAUGCUUUUAACUAUCCCAUUUUCAUCUUCAUUAAUUUUAGCAAGAUGUGAUCUCAGAGGCGGUGAAUCAGUAGAUGGUGUUUUAACUCAUAAAUGGAGUCUUACUAAAACUGGUGUUACUGUUGAUGAUGAUACUAAAGUAGGUGCAAAGAUUAUGAUGGGUGUCAGUAUUAGUUAUUUAAUUGUUCAAGGUGUUGCUUUUGCCUAUCUUCAUGACCCAGAGGAUGGUAGAAGAGUAGAAAAAUGGUUUUCAUUGGCUGGUUUAAUUGUUUGUGCACUCUUAAUGGCUGCAUAUUGUGUUUACCAAGUAGUACAACCAAAACUUCAAGAAAAGAAAAUGGAAAAUGCUAAAAAAAAUUAUUUAACUAAAAGAAUUGUACAUCAUUUCAUUCACAACUUAACAAUCAAAAAGAACCUCUUUAAUCACAAUCACGGUGAAGAGGGUUCAAGCAGUAAUGAACACAAUGAAGAAUCACCACUUAUUGGUGAAGAGCACAAAAAACUCCCAGUAGAUGUCAAAGGUAUUGGUUUGAAAUGGAAAGCCAAGGCUCAUGAAAAAGCACAAAAGAGAGAAGAAACCUCCAUCCAAGUCAAUGAAGCCAAAGAAGAUGGUGAUGAUCAUGAAGAACAUGGUCCAAUCAAUAAAAAGAAAAUUGCACUUCAAUCAGCUGGUUAUUUAAUUUUAGGUACUGUAUUAGUAUCUUUAUUCUCUGAUCCAAUGGUUGACGUCAUUUCCGAUUUUGGUACAAAAUUAAAUAUUAAAUUAUUCUUUGUCAGUUUCAUUUUAACUCCAUUCUGUUCAAAUGCAUCCGAACUUAUUUCUUCACUUAUAUUUGCCUCAAAGAAGAAGAAACAAAACUCAUCUCUUACUUUCUCUGCAUUAUACGGUAGUUGUUCAAUGAACUCUACAAUGUGUUUAGGUAUAUUCUUUGCUCUUGUUUACUUUAGAAAUCUCGUCUGGGAAUACUCUGCUGAAACUAUUGCAAUUCUAUUUGUAACUUUAAGUGUUGGUACUUUGGGUGCCACUCAAAAUACAAUGAAAACCUAUAUGGCUCCUCUUGUUUUGUCACUAUAUCCACUUUCUUUGUUAUUAGUUUAUCUUUUAGAAACUUUCGCAAAUUGGCAAUAA